AUGCUGCUUUCUUGCAUCUGGGCGAUCGCAAGAGCUCAGUCUAUUUUUAAGCAGCCACACGGUGUUGUUUUACGUGCAUUGGCAAGUCAUUCUGUGCCGUUGAUGAUCUCAGGUGAAGAAGCCAAUAUCACCGAAGCGAUGCUCGCUUCUGUUCAGCCGUUUCAUCAGGCAGUUCAUUUGGCCGUAAUGGAUGCACUUAUGUGUGCGCAUAUGCGAUCAAUUAUCACUAUCGAACGGGUUGUUUUCGCUGUGCAGUGA